AUGACAGACGAGGUUGUGGAGAAAUGUAUCUGCCAGAUUUGUCAGUGCGGAAGACACAAGUGUGAUCAUGUGGAUGCUGAUUUAGGAUUUGGAAAUGGAAUUGAAGAGAAUCAAACCGAAUACGGGAUGCAAUAUCCAGCAAAGCAGGCACCCAGAGAGCGUCUGGCUCGUUCUCAAAAUGCUACUUUUUUAUCGGAUGGUGAUUUCGACGGAACCACAAUUAACAGACAAGACUACGGAGUAAAAAAAGUAAGGGGUUCUCAACUGAAUUCGCGAAGCAUCACAUUAAUUCUUAAGGUAUCCCGAAAUGCUCCAUUCAAGUUUGUUAACUCUGGUCCGGCGGAUUCUGGAGAGUUUUUGGCGGAUACGACACAUAAAACGGAUUUCCAAGGGAAAUCAGUGAGUCGUCAAAAUCCUCUCCGUCCUAAUACAAAUGGUCUGCAAAGCGGGGAGUUUGAAGGAUUCACAACUCACAAAUCUGAUUUCGAUUACAAAGGAGGUUCUCGCACGGGAGUUAUUCGAGGCCCUCAAGAUGCUCAACUUUUCUCCGGUCCUUUCAAUUCUACUACUACGAACAGAGCUGAUUACGAUAAGAAACAAGCUGAAAGAAGUGGAAUAUUGAGAGGACCAACGAGUACGAAUAUGUUCAAAGGACAGUUCGAUGGACAAACAACAAACAAAACAGAUUACGAUCCGAAACAAACUGAACGACCCGGUAUAAUGCGUGGUGCAACUGGGGGUCAGUUGUUCACAGGACCUUUUAAUGGACAAACUACAAAUAAAUCGGACUAUGACCAGAAACAGGCUGAAAGACAGGGGAUUCUUCGUGGACCAACUAGCACAGAAAUGUUUUCUGGACCAUUCAAUGGUGUAACCACAAAUAAAGCAGAUUAUGAUCAGAAGCAGGGUGAGAGAUCAGAAAUUUUGAGAGGGCCCUCGGGAACAGAAAUGUUUACGGGGCCAUUCAAUGGAACAGCCACCAAUAAAGCGGAUUACGAUCGGAAACAAAUGGCUGAUCGCCAACGUCCAAGAGCGCUCACAAGUGGUCGUUUUUCAGCUGGACCGUUCUAUGAUACCACUACAAAUAGAGCAUUUUUCGACAAGAAACAGGCUAGUCGACAAAUGCCAUUCAGAGCUGCUGAUGAUUCUAAGCUCACUCCUUCCAGUCCAUUCCUAGUUCUUUCAACAAACAGAGCUGACUAUGUGGGAAUGCAGGGUGAUCGUUCUCUGCCUAUCCGAAACACAAACGAUUCAUCUGCAAUUUCAAUCGCUGCUCCGUUUGACGGUGUUUCCACGAACCAUGCAGAUUUUCAGCGUAAACAGGCUGAAAAGUCAAAACUGACUCGUCCCCAUUCUUCUUCCAAUUUAUUGUCUUCGGGCGCCUCAAAGUUUGAUUCAACGACAACAACACGCGCCGAUUUCAUUCAGAAACCGCACGUCAGAGUGAUUAAUGUGAAACCAAAGGACGAUUCGUUUUCUGGACAUGUUUCACGAUUCGAUGCAGAUACUACUUACCAUGACGGAUUCCAGGAAAAAAGUGCUGAAAAACUUCCAUUACAACGAGCCACUGAUGAAUUGACUGUUGGAAACGGAAAAUUCUAUGGAGAAACCACUCAGCAUAGUGACUUCAUUGAGAAGCAUGUGGAUAUCUGUCCAGCAGAAAAAGUUCUCACAAGACGAGAUCGUUCUUUCGAAUUCAAACGAACGGCCAAUGGUCAUCGGUUCUACGAGCAACGUGUGACUCAUGGAACCAUCCAACCGAAUCGUCUCGUCCCUAUUGAAGCUUAA